AUGAGUUUCCGAGAAUUGGAGGACUUGUUUCACUUUGACCACAAGGAAGGCAGAGAAACAGAGCCGGGAACUCCAUCAAGGGAGCUUCAAGCCUUAUGGACAAUGAUAGGGAUCGGCGAGUACAAGUCAAGCGCCGCAAGGAGCACCCACAUCCGGAACCCCACUCUGAGAUACGUCCACAAGGCCCUAGCUCACACCAUUUACUCAAGGAGGGACGUGACAAACGUCACCGAGAAGGAGCUCUUCUUCCUGAACGAGGGAAUGGUUAAAAUCUUGCGCACGUUGCCGGAUGGAACAGAUAUGGUUGGGGAUAGAUCCAACAACAGCGCAGCGAUCUACCUUCUCAAGAGUUUCCUCAGCUACAAGGAGUAUGCUCUCUCCCUGAACAGAAUAGGCAAAGCAAGCAGUGGUCAACUAAGCUGCGGAGGGCUCGUCACCCCGAUCCUACUCCAUUUCGGGAUUGACCUUGAGAAGCCCACCGAUCCUCUGUUCAUGGAUAUCAAGUACCUCCGCAAGACCACUUAUCUCAGAGGUCAACCCAUCAGCAGACGCCACAACUAUCAGUUCGCCUACCUGCCAAACAAACCACUGACUUACAUCACGGUCAGAAAGAACGUGGAUUUCGAACCUCCAAUCGAAUCCAUUCUCAAACAAGGCCAAGAGGAAGAAGAAUACGCCUAUCCGAGAGCCGCUGAACGUGACGAUGAGAGCUCAUGA